AUGUGCUCAUCUCCCGUUAAGAUUCGCAGCUCGUGUCAGGGAAGUGUGGCUAUUUCGAGUGCAGGGGAGCCCGUGGCCCGUGAAGGGCGCCACCGCUCCGCCGGCGGCGGGCGGUUUAAUUUUAUAACGCGCGGGAAACCAGUGGAGCGCGUAUAUAGGCCGCCUGGACCCCGCCGCCCCACGGUCCGGCGCGCAAAGUACGGUUCACACCGAGCGCCGACGUUUACCGUUCGGUCUGAACGGUGGCUAACAUCGCGCGGGCCCAGCUUUUAUGGGGAAGUGGGGCGCGGAGUAGCCGCUGAAAUUGGGCCGUGCCGGUCGCGCGGUCCUUUCGCUUUCGGCGCGCGCUGCGCAACGGCGCAAGGUCGCGGGCCGUUCAACUCGGAUGCGGCGGCCGGUUGCGACACGCCGAUAUGUAAUUGUAGAGGAGCCGCCCGUUUGGCAGCGGCGCGGCGGCGGCGGCAAGUGGGUCGCGGGUUGCGCAAGCGGCGCGACAGAUGGCGCGCACCGUCUUCCUUGUACGGCCCACAGAUGAUAUCGGACCGAAAAUCGCCGGGAUCGUACGGUACGCGACGACGAAACGCGGAAAGUACAGCCAAAUGGAUGGAUGUCGUUUUAAAGCGGAGAUAUGCGACUGGGGAGUGUGGUCUCGAAGGCAGG